UUUAUGCCGCUGUCGUUAGAGCACAUUAUGAUUCCAGGACGAUUGCAUUAUGAUUUCUGGUUAUAUUAUUACCUAAACUACAAGCUUAAAAAGGGCUUGGAGUGCUGUUCCACCUAUGCCAUAACUAUUCAUUAUGUCAUGCACUAUCAGAUGUAUUUAUUUGACUUUCUGCUCUACAAUAUGCGUCCAUACGGAAUUAUUGAGGGACAUGAACCUCUUGCAGUUACGCUUGAUAAUCUUAAAUUGUAG